CCAAGCCGUUCUAUGGUUCUCUGAUGUCUAGGUUAUACUGUAUGUUGAAAAACAGGCCCUCUGUUUAAUACAGAGCCAUUAUCUUUUGUCUACAAAUUGUAAUCUCAGGAUUUUCAAUGGGAUGACUCAUGAAAUUUGCAACAAAGGUAGCUUUUGUUUUUAGCAGAGCAAAUGCUGCUUGCAUUAAGUGUACAGUUUUUAAUGCUCUCUUCAUUCGCAAUGUGGAAGGCAAGGCCUUCCCAAGAGCAGAGGCUGCUCUGUAAAGAGGGAUUAUAAUUCCUGGCACUGAAAUCUCUUGCAGCAUCGUCUGAGGUACUGUGGUUUUACACUGCCCCUUACUGGAUUUUCUGAUAGUGCAAGAACUUACUAUCUGGACUAUAGUCCAGAACUGCUAUCUGAAUGACCAAAAGUUUGCUCUAUUUCAGGUUUUUGUGUGUUUGCAUUUUUUUCCUCUAUACUGUAAUUUGAAUAAAAUAUAGAAUUGGUCUUUCACUUUGAAACUAGUAACUACUAGGCUUCACUUUCAACCACAUACAAUCUCUGUAGAGUUGAGGAUGUUGUGUUCCUAAAUUGGCUGCAAGGGUAGAGUGAUAACCAAGGUAAGGUGAGGGAUGAAACAGUGUGGUGAUUUUAUUUUAUUAUUUUAUUUCAUUUUUUAAAAUCUGAAAGGUAGCUGAUUUGAGUGAUCAGUUCUGUUCUACGAUGCAUGGCACAAGCAGAGAUCUCAUUUAGGACUGUAUAGACUGUAAGAUGCAAAAGGGAGUUAAGUAGAUGGAGUUUUGGUAUGUAAUUGGAAUCCCAUGAUAUUCUGUAGAUCCUAAUGAAUUAGCAUUUUUUUGUUUAGAGGGAAGCUGUGCAGGAUUGCAAGCAUUUCAAAAUUGAGCUUAAAAGUAUCAAAUGUUCUCUGCAUUCAUAGAACAUUUGGCUUAUUUUGUAUGACAGUAUUUUCUGUAUAUAUCUGUUGUACUUCUGUGUGAAGUGAUUUUCAGCCCUAUCUGAAGUGCAGUAGAUAUUUUGUGGAAAUCAAAAACCAAAAUGCUAACUUGGCAAGAUUCCCAGCUCCCCUUGUGAUGCAGAGUUAAGCACCCAACUGAAGGAACUAAUUACUCAGGUUAGAGGAUUUGUGAAAAUGCUUAAAUACUUCUUGGCCAUCUGUCUUUAUUGCCAGUACAAAGCUUUCGAACUGAUGAUUCUUGCUGGACUUAAUUUGAUGAAGGAAUAUCUCUGCUGGGGCAUGUAUGAAAUGAAGAAAAAUAUAGGUAGCUUCUCUUCACAUAUUGCACAGGGAGAGAGACGCAUUUCUGUGGAAAAAACUGCAAGCUACUUUACAGAAUUAGAAUGGAAAUGGAUAGUAAGAGAUUUGGGGCUGGGACUUUUAGUGAGGAAUGGCCUGUAAUGCUCUGCUUUCUGGAUUGAAUUGGGAAGAGUACAAAGAUGCCCAGGAUAAAAAUGCUUUUAUUCUGAGAUUCUUAUAGUAUCUUUUUUAUUGAUUCCUGAGCAAAGAAUCACACAAUUAAAGCAUUAGUAAAGAGUAUUUUUUUCCAUAACCAAUUGACCCAAUAGCCUGUUAACCCUUGUGGACAGCUUUAUCAGACUUGUCAGAGACAAGAUUCUAGUAGGAAAACUUUGUUUUAAAAUGAUUUGAUGUACAGAACAGUUCUGAGUCACCAUACCUUCAUGGCCUACAUAGCUCAUGAGCUACAGUCUAAAACUAAUUGCUAUGUAGAAUUCCUGCAGUCUAAAGACUAUGGUCACAAGAAUCAAUCCCUUCUAAAACAUGUUCAGAUAUUUGUAACUGAGGAUGUGGACCAGUACUUUCAUCAGAUGUCUAUAAUUAUCCUUUUACAUUAGCAUAUUUAUCAGAAAAGCUAUUUGUGACAGUUUGUUCCAAUUUAUAAAUGACGAUAUCAAAAGUUCUCAAAUCCAAGGUGAUCUACUCCCACUAAAAAAAAAUAAAAUUGCUUGAGUGACUUUUUAGUCUUCCUGCAUCUACCAAAAGCUUUAUGUUGUUGAAUGUUACAGAUCAGUUUCUGCAUUUGCACUUCAAGACCAGCAUUUUGAAUGUCAGAAUGAGAAGAAGGAUUCAGAUAGUGAUGUUUACCAAAUGGACUGUGCUCAGCAACCGUGUCUAAGAAACUCUGACUUCAAAACAAGUUAUAAAGUCAGAGAAAGGUCUUCUCAAGUUCUUGAAGUUGGAUGUUUGGUUGCUAACUGGCUUGAAACUUGUGCUCCAUCUUGCAGAAUCCUCCAACGGGAGACAUUCACAUACCCUGAAGUUCCCUACCAUAGAAGAAGGGGACUUGAUGUGCAAGAUUGGUACAAGAUGAUGAUGUAACAUAGCUCAUACUGAAGGUCUCCCGAGAAGAACUGGCUUUGUAAGGGACUUCUCCUUUAUUUUUUUUUUUUAACACAACUCCCCCUCUAUCUAGAAGCAAGAUGCCAGCCAAGACACCCAUCUACUUGAAAGCCGCUAACAAUAAGAAAGGGAAGAAAUUCAAACUAAGGGAUAUCUUGUCUCCUGAUAUGAUCAGUCCACCACUUGGAGAUUUUCGUCACACCAUACAUAUUGGAAAAGAGGGACAACAUGAUGUUUUUGGAGACAUCUCCUUUUUGCAGGGAAACUACGAAUUGUUGCCUGGAAAUGAAGGAGAAACUAGAGUUAGCCAAUCUGGUGGCCACAGUGAAUUCUUAAGGGCAAACAGCACUUCUGAAUCCAUGUUUACAGAAACUCCAUCACCAGUGCUCAAAAAUGCUAUUUCCCUUCCUGCCAUUGGGGGUUCUCAAGCUCUUAUGUUACCUUUAUUGUCACCAGUGACGUUUAAUUCAAAGCAAGAAUCCGUCAGGUCAUCAAGAAACCCACGGCUUAGCUGUGAGCCAGUAAUUGAGGAGAAGUUGCAGGAGAAAAGUAAACAGAUGGGGAAUGGAGAAACAUACAAAGAUGAUGUAUGGGAACAAAAUGGUUCUUCAUCGCAUUUUAUUAAUGGUAGAGACAGUAACUCAUCCAGCUUUUCUGAACGAUGCACUGAUUGGCAAACAGUUGAUUUGCUUGAAGAUAGCCGACUUCCAUGUGAACUAACCAAGACAAAGUCAGAAGAAUCCCUUUCAGAUCUUGCAGGCUCUCUUCUCUCAUUACAACUUGACUUGGGACCUUCACUUUUGGAUGAGGUCCUCAAUGUAAUGGACAAGAAUAAAUCUUAGAGCUGGUACUCCUUGCUUUCUUAUAAGUGAUUCACUUAAAUAAAAAUAAACAAACGCAGUUCAAGAGAAGAGACACUUAAAAAUCAGCUGUAUUUGCAGCUGUUUGACGGGUUUUCUAAAAAUAUUCAUAAAGUACUAUUUUUUUACCUAUUGUUUUUCAUAAUUUUUAUGACACUAAAUUCUCAUAGCAAGAAGGUAAAUUUUAAUAACAGUUUUCAGCAAGUAUGAAAUGUUUUUAAGUACCAGUAUAAUGAUCAGAAACUUCAGAAACAGAAUUUGAGGAUGAUACUGAUCGUGACAUUUGGUUAGUUCACUUCCAUGGGCUUCUGAACAUAUGAGACUCUGUAUGAGACUCUGUAAGUGUCAGAAAGGAGAUUGGUAUUAAUUAUUCACUGUUAUAAAUUAUUGCAACAUCACUUUACAUGUAGGCCUCUUUCAGAAACCUUGUGCUUGGAGUCUUGGUUGUGUUCUUCUUCAUUUUUCCGUACUACCAUUUCUGUUAUAUCUUCACAGUAACUAUUUCUGCAGUCUUAUACUGCUCUGUAACCAGAUGUAAACAGUUGAAGGCUUUUUCAGCUUCAGAGUGUCAACUGUUCUGAGUAUGCACGAAUUUUCACAGUUUGAGGCUUUGGGCCUGAUGUUGUAUAUGAAAUGAUGUGUUGUAAACAGGUGACACAUGCAAAAUAUGAUGGUUAAAUUAUUUUAGAAGUUGAAAUAUAUUUUUGUGUGUAUCUUGGCUUUUUAUUGUGGAGCCUACACAUACAGUAUCUCAUCAAAAUAAUUGCUUGACAUUAUUGGUGCUCUUCUGAAAAUUGUAUAUUUGUGUGUUUGAAAACAAAUAUGUAUUGAUACUCCUUGCUUUUUUUCUUCAUUUAUUGCCACACAUGCUUAAACUUGCAACCAAAAGCUUUGGUUUUUCAAGAAGGCACUGGUUAUUCACAAUGCUUGUGAUGUGUGCUGCAACAGGCAAUGUUUUGGGAAACGUGGAUCCUUUAAUACAGUAUCUACAUGGAUUGCAUAGAUAUCUUGUGCAAUACAAUAAAACAAAUUAAAUUAC